AUGCGAUUCCAUGAGCUGAUCGUCAACAUCUUGAGGACUGAGGGUCCUCGAGGCUUCUACCGCGGGUUGUCCCCAGGAAUUCUGCGGCAUUGCAUCUACAGCACCUCGCGUAUCUUGCUGUAUGAGAAGCUUCGAAGUGAGAUGGCACAACGACGGGGUUCAGAGGCAGCACUGUACCAGAAAGCACUGAUUGGAGGAGCGUCUGGCCUGCUGGGACAAGCGCUGGCGUCUCCAGCAGACCUGGUGAAGGUCAGGAUGCAAGCUGAUGGGAGGAACGUGGCAAGAAAUCUCCCAGCAAGGUACUCCGGCAUCGCCGAUGCCUUCACCAAGAUCGUCCGCAGCGACGGUUUCCUGGGGCUUUACGCUGGGUUGGGUCCUAACCUGACUCGAGCUGCGCUUGUCAACAUUGGAGAGCUCACAGCCUACGACUCGGCCAAGCACUUCCUCCUCGGCAAAGGAUAUCCUGACAAUGUCGGCGUGCAUGCGGGUUCGGCCUUCAUCUCCGGAUUCUUUGCGACUCUUCUGUCGUGUCCUGCUGACGUGGUGAAAUCAAGAAUUAUGGCAGAUGGUUCGGGCAUGUAUCGGAACAUGCUCGACUGCCUGCUCGUCACCGUCCGCCAAGAAGGUGUGCUCGCACUGUACAAGGGGUUCUUGCCCAGUUGGAUCCGUCUGGCUCCCUGGCAACUCACCUUCUGGGUCGUCUAUGAAGAGCUGCGGAAGCUAUCAGGGAUGAAGAGCUUCUAA